CUGCGCCACGCCCCCUUCGCUCCUCCCAACAGACGCCCCGUGAGUCUCUGGGCGCAGAACUCCGCCUCCGCCGCUGGGGGCGGGGCGACGUCGGACUCCGGGAGUGCCCAAUUACGCACUUCCUCCCGGGGUGGAGGGGGGGGAACCCGAAUCGCUGUGUGGCGGGUUCGAGUCCCGCCUCCUGACCCUCACCUCCUGCCCGAGUGCUGGGCGGGGUGCAUUUGCCUGGCAUCCUCUCCUCCACGAGGGGCGACGGCAUACCUGGGGCUUCACCAUGGAGGACUACCUGCAGGGUUGUCGAGCCGCUCUGCAGGAGUCCCGACCUCUCCAUGUGGUGCUGGGAAAUGAAGCCUGUGACUUGGACUCCAUGGUGUCUGCUCUCACCCUGGCUUUUUACCUGGCAAAGACGACUGAGGCCGAGGAAAUCUUCGUGCCAGUUCUAAAUAUAAAACGUUCUGAGCUACCUCUGCGAGGCGACAACGUCUUCUUCCUCCAGAAGCUUCACAUUCCAGAGACUCUCUUAAUUUUUCGGGAUGAGAUUGACCUCCACGCGUUGCACCAGGCUAGCCAGCUCAGCCUUGUCCUUGUUGACCAUCAUGUCUUACCCAAGAGCGAUGCAGCCCUGGAGGAGGCAGUAGCAGAGGUGCUAGACCAUCGCCCCAUCGAGCAGAAGCACUGCCCACCCUGUCCUGUUUCUGUUGAGCUGGUGGGGUCCUGCGCUACCCUGGUGACAGAGAGAAUCCUGCAGGGGGCACCAGAGAUCCUGGAUAGGACAACUGCAGCGCUUCUGCACGGAACCAUCAUCCUGGACUGUGUCAACAUGGACCCUAAAAUUGGAAAGGCAACCCUAAAGGACAACCAAUAUGUAGAGAAACUGGAGGCCCUCUUCCCAGAUCUGCCCAAGAGAGAUGACAUCUUUGAUUCCCUCCAAAAGGCAAAGUUUGAUGUGUCAGGACUGACCACUGAGCAGAUGCUGAGAAAGGACCUGAAGACCAUCUACAGGCCAGGCAGCAAGGUGGCCAUUAGUGCAAUAUAUAUGGAUCUGGAGGCCUUCCUACAGAGACCCAACCUCUCUGCAGACCUCCACGCUUUCUGCCACGCUCACAGCUGUGACGCCCUGGUCGCCAUGACUAUCUUUUUCAACACUCACAAUGAGCCAGUGCGGCAGCUGGCUGUUUUCUGUACCCAAGUGGCGCUGCGGACGACGAUCUGUGGGGUUCUGGAACGCUCCCAGUCUCCGCCCCUGAAGCUGACCCCUGUUCCAAGCAGCCACCCUAACCUCCAAGCCUAUCUUCAAGGCAACACGCAGGCUUCCCGAAAGAAACUUCUGCCUGUGCUGCAGGAAGCCCUGUCGGCCUAUUCUGACUCCGUGCAGAUACCGUCAGGACAGCCCGAGACGGCGGGAGCGUCCAGGGAGCAGGCCGACAAGGAAUUGGACAGGGCGGGGAACUCGCUGAUCGCUGGACUGAGUCAGGACGAGGAGGACCCGCCGCUGCCCCCCACGCCCAUGAACAGCUUGGUGGAUGAGUGCCCUCUGGAUCAGGGGCUACCCAGGCUCUCCGCGGAGGCGGUCUUCGAAAAGUGCAGUCAGAUCUCGCUGUCACAGUCCUCCGUGUCAAAGAAGUGACUGCGGGGAGGGAGAGGUGGUGGGAGAGGAGGUGGCUCAACCCGCCUCAAGUGCAUGUUUUGAGAUGUUUGGCGAUUUCGGCAACUCUGUCUUCCCGUUCCAGGCUCUGGGGUGCUGUUCUCAUAAAACUGGGAGGCGAAAGGGAGCGGCUGCUGUGAGAGCGACUUUGCGUCUCCCUCCGGUCUGCCCAUCAGACAGUUUUAUUAUUUAAUUGUUUUAUUUAAAUGUGCACUGACUCCUCUGUUUCAUGUGCCAGGGACAUGGUGACAACACCCGCAGCCCCAGCAGGGUGGGACAAAGAAUGUAGGCCCCCAGAGUGCCCUCCGUGAGGCUCUUGAACAGGACCAGUGUCUGUCACGGAACCACGUAGUCACUUGUUCAAAUGUGCAUGGACCACCUGCUUCUAGUCAGGUAGAGAAGAGAGUGCUCUGGAAACGCCCUUUCCAGUUUUGUGUCCUCAGCACACUCGCAGUGCCCUGACCCUCGGCUGCGUCUGCAGCCAGUGGGCAGCCAGUGGCCAGAGCUUGGUUCUGAGCCGACUGGGACUGUUCCAGGUCUGGGUCAGGAGCAGACUGGAGGCUGUUACGACUGUCCUGAUCAGGACCGGCUCUCUGCUUCUGUGCACACUUCUGUCCCAGAGCCACACGGAACCCUGGAAAGGCCCUGCAGAGCCUGGUUCUUGAAGGGUUCAGGAGGUACCCCAGGAAGGCUGCACCGGCACUGUCCCCAAGAGAGCAGAACAGCAGCGAGAGCCCCGGGGCUGUCCCCUGCCUUGGGGCUCUGUCGAUUUCUUGUCCGUCCCUUGCUCGUGUUCACGUUAGAAGGGGGCGUGGAGUCAGAAUGCGGACUGCCACAAGCGGUGUUGUCAUUGGGCUGUACACUGCCUACUCUGGGCCUCGCACAGACUGGACUAGACACACCUGCUGUUCUGUGAUCUGCCUUUACUGCCAUCCCUUCCUCGCCUCUGUAUUUUUUUUUUUCUUUUUCUGUUUUCUCUGGGAGUGCUUGGUGUUACUAGAUGGUCUGCAUUGUGUGGUUGUACCGAGGGACCUGGCCUCAGGUAGCAUGUACAGGGGUGUGGCUCGUAAUGCCCUAGUGGUCCCCAGAUAGCUCCGUCCCCCUGGCUUGUUCUGCAUGUGUAGAGUCUCCCUUUUCUCUUCAGACCCACUCGUCCCCCCUUUUCCCACCCAACAGUUGUAUUCCAUGGAAGCUGCCCCCGUUUCUCAGUGCACAGUGGGGUAUGUGAUGGUUUUGGCGUGACAUCUUCAAGGAUGAGGGGUACAGUCUGGCUUGAAGGGUGUGAUAUCUGUAGCCAUUGGAAGGUAAAAAUAGUGAUGUAAUCACUGAACCAAAGGCAUUUGUUUUGUAACUUGGUACUUUCUUUUGCAUUUUGUUAAAGUAUUAAAUACUUUUUUCCUGUU